UGACCAGCAUGAGGAAGGAGCUCUCAUGGCUUCAGUAACUUAGGGGAGCUCCUACCUGGGUGUCCCUCGGAGUAGGAAGGUUUCUGUCUGUUUGUUUUCCGGUUCUGAGGGUCUCCGCUGUUUCCCUUGCCUGUUUCAGCGUGACUCUGGUGGGUUUUGCACACCCUGCUCUGUGGGGGAGUGCCCCGACGUGCCUGUCUUAUGUGGCCUCUGUGGACACACUGCCCAGCUGGCAGAGAACAGGGAAGUUUUCUCCCAGCACCCAAAAAGAGAAAGAGGAAACCACUUUUUCCCUCUGGGCUCCUUGCAGCACAAUAGCUCAGGAUAAGCUUCCACGGUUCCCUCCCUGGAGUUUCUGGAGCACUUUCCAGGAAGAAGUUAAACCGUCAUCUUUAAAUGGAUGAGUAUGUCACAAUCAGGAAGAAACAUCUCCAAAGACCCAUCUUUAGACUAAGAUGCUUAGUGAAGCAGCUGGAGAAAGGUGACGUCAACGUUGUGGACCUCAAGAAGAACAUUGAAUAUGCAGCGUCAGUGCUGGAGGCUGUUUACAUCGAUGAGACGCGAAGACUCCUGGACACCGAGGAUGAGCUCAGCGACAUUCAAAACGACUCAGUCCCGUCGGAAGUCCGAGACUGGUUGGCUUCAACCUUUACACGAAAAAUGGGGAUAAUGAAAAAGAAAGCCGAGGAAAAGCCAAAGUUUCGAAGCAUCGUCCAUGCUGUUCAGGCUGGGAUUUUUGUGGAAAGGAUGUACAGGAAGACCUAUCACAUGGUUGGUUUGGCAUAUCCUGCGGCUGUCAUAGCGACACUCAAGGAUGUUGAUAAAUGGUCCUUUGACAUCUUUGCCUUAAAUGAAGCAAGCGGGGAGCAUAGUCUGAAGUUUAUGAUUUAUGAACUGUUUACCAAAUAUGAUCUUAUCAACCGCUUCAAGAUUCCUGUCUCUUGCCUAAUUGCCUUUUCAGAAGCUUUAGAAGUUGGUUACAGCAAGCACAAAAAUCCUUAUCAUAAUUUGGUUCAUGCAGCUGACGUCGCUCAAACUGUGCAUUACAUAAUGCUUCAUACAGGUAUCAUGCACUGGCUCACUGAACUGGAAAUUUUAGCGAUGGUCUUGGCAGCUUCCAUUCAUGAUUAUGAGCACACAGGAACGACCAACAACUUCCACAUCCAGACGAGGUCAGACGUUGCCAUCCUGUACAACGACCGCUCGGUGCUUGAGAAUCACCACGUUAGUGCCGCCUAUCGGCUUCUGCAAGAGGAGGAGAUGAAUAUUUUGGCAAAUUUACCUAAAGAUGACUGGAGGGAUCUUCGGAACUUAGUGAUUGAGAUGGUGUUAGCUACAGACAUGUCAGGCCAUUUCCAGCAGAUUAAAAACAUAAGGAGCAGCUUGCAGCAGCCUGAAGGGAUUGACAGAUCCAAAACUAUGUCCCUGAUACUCCACGCCGCCGACAUCAGCCAUCCAGCCAAGAAGUGGAAGCUGCAUUACCGGUGGACCAUGUCCCUAAUGGAGGAGUUCUUCCUGCAGGGAGACAAAGAAGCUGAAUUAGGAAUUCCAUUUUCUCCACUUUGUGAUCGGAAUUCCACGAUGGUUGCCCAGUCUCAAAUAGGUUUCAUUGAUUUCAUAGUGGAGCCAACAUUUACUCUCCUGACAGACUCGACAGAGAAAAUUAUUAUUCCUCUUAUAGAGGAAGCCUCAAGAACAGAAUCUUCUAACUGUGAGGCAAGCAGCUCGUCCACCAUGAUUGGGUUCCAUGUGGCCGAUUCUCUGAGGCAGUCAAGUACGAAAAGCUUAAUGAGUGAUGGGAGCUGUGCCCUGGGCUACUCUCUGUCAGCUGUGGACCUGAAGCGCUUCAAAAGCAACCUGGUGGACAUCAUUAAGCAGAACAAAGAGAGGUGGAAAGUGUUGGCUAACCAAGGUGAACUUGAUCUUCAUGAGAGUUCAGAAGACUUAGGAAGUACUGAAGAAAAGUGUGCUGACUCACACCCAUAGAUCUGAACAGACUUUAAGAGUUCAGUUGUUUUAAACAUAAGAGGAAAAUGAAAGCAGCAUGAAAAACAUGCAAAGUCCUUGACUUUCUAAAAAAUUAUAGUUGGCACAGGCCAUUUUAGUGGACUCGUCUGUAAGGAAUAAGAGCAUAAAAUUCAAUCUAAUAACUGGGCAAAGAUACCGGAGAGCUGUCAUUAGAAUUCUGUCCACUGUUUUGUUGUUGUUUUCCCUCCAUGAUUCGGCCAUCUUCAACCAAGUCAGAGAAACCUUUUAAGACUGAAAGUUGGACAGUUUCAAGUUUUCAUCACUUUUAACUUGUUGCAGAAGACAUUUGUCAAUGUACUUCUUGCACUGUUACUCAGACUGCUGCUACAACAGAAUUUUAAACAAAAGAGACAGACAAAAAUAAACAAGAAAAGUAAAAGAAAGCCAAAACAAAAUGAUGGAAAACUGAGUUUUCUUGCAGUGCUGGUCUGGUAAGACUGUCUCUUGUUUUAAAUGCAUGGGAACAGAAUAAGAACCGAGGCUGUGGGGAAGUUGUUCCUGAAGUCUGAGCAAGAGCAGGUCGUGGGAGCCGCUGCACAGGGCUGGGAUUCAGGCCUCUCUGCCUCUCCAGCAGGGAAACCGCAGCGCCCCUCCCCUGGAGCCAGCGGCCACCAUCCUGCAGCCAUCCCUGUGGUUUUAGGCACUAAUGUAGAACCCGUCAGUAUGUGGUCAGUAACCCGGAGCAUCGGCCACCGCAGGAGAUGAGCACUUGAAAGAAAACCGGAAUUUUCCUUCUGUGAUAUUGUUCUCAGUAGGAUAUAAAAUAAAUUACAGGCUGGGGCCCUGAGGCGUAAGAGGUACGAGUGAGUGUGUGUGUGUGUGUGUGUGUGUGUGUGUGUGUGGUGUAGGUGUGUGUACUCAUGCUCAGAGGUGUAUAUGGAAAUGGAAACUCACACUUUUCUGUAUAGAUAACAUUAUUUGAUGUGACUCCUUAAUUUUUCUGAACAGAAAUGAACCGCACCCCUCAGAGGCCCUGCUUCUUUGCCUUGUUUUGCCUGAGCAUGUGUGAAGCCUUUCCCUGACCCAAUGGCCUUUUCCUUAGCUAACAAGAAUGGUCAGGCCCAAUUAGAUGUUGUGGCUUUUUCACUGUACAUACCUUUCAGGGACUGUGAGCCUCUUGGAAAGUGGACUUUGGGUGGAAAGAAUCGAGAGCAGCCGUCAGUUAGGUGAUGCGCAGAGGGCUUGGCCCACCCUGAUGAGAUGCCUCUUGCACCUGCUUUUCCCCGGGGUCCACAAGGCAAUAUUUCAGAGAGGGGCGUGACCAGAAGCUUUUAAGCCUAAGCAGUGAGGUCUUCACAACUCACGGCUUAGAUCUACUUUAAUGUGGAAGCCAUAUUCUCUCUGCAUAUUUAGUAUGCAUUAUUGUAAUUUAAGAUAUAUUUGUGUGUGUGGCCUGUAUAAAACGCUUUUAAAUGUUAUGUGAAUUAGAUUCUUAGUGUCAGUAUCCUCUAAGUCUUGUGCAGAGCACAGCUAAACAACUGACAUGUAUCAUAGACACUGUGAUGUGGUGGCUAUUUUAAAUGUCAGCGUAGAGACUGACCUAUAGCAGUGUCUUGAGAAGAUUAAUAGAAGUGUGCAUCAUAGUAGCCUUUGCCCUUUAAAGCGGACUUUUUGUUUCUAUUUAUGGAGAAACUGUAACUACUGCUUUUAAUGUCUUCUUUUUUAAAUGAGAUAUUUAGCAUCUAGAAAAUAUUUUGCUUUCAAAGUAGAAUCUCAGAGUCUGAGCAGUCUAGUCACUAUUGAUCCUAAUUGAGCCAGUUGUUCUUCAGCACAGCUAGAAUCUUCGGAGGGAAGAAUAAAUUGAAACCCCGCCUCCCCUGGGGCACAGAGCACACAUUCCUUUGGUCUCUGCGCUUGGUUAAUAUAAGGGGCGGUUACACACAUUGGUUACUGUAUGUGUGCUAGCCUCAUUGUCCAGAUCAUGUGACUUACAAAGCACUGUGACCAGGCGUGUGCAGGGGGAGCUGGGGAGACACACCUCUUCAGAGCCAUCACACUGCCUGGUACACUUACUGCGCCCCUCACCUCCCUCUCUUUUGUUCCUAUCUCCGCUGUUUGCAAUGUGUCCCCCUUUUUGGCUGUGGCCUUUCGCACUCCUCUCCUCUUUCUCUCUCUGGAAGACAGCUCCCCCUGGAAGCUAAAAAGUCAAGUCAGACUGGAGGUCACAUGUGCUGUCCCUUUGCACAGAUAUUGGUACACGAGCCCACACCGUGAGGCCUGACUGUCUAUCCAUAGGCUGCUGCACCCGCUUAGCAAUUCCUCACAGCUACCUACCACGUGCUUGUAGGUUCAUGCGCCUUUCCAGCUAACCAGGACUUUACACUUUUCACAUGACAACCUAUGAUUCUUGUGUUUUUAUGAUGCUGUAACUCUCUGUAUUUCCUACUAUGUAUGAUUGCUAAAUAAAUCAUAUUUAAUGGUAAUUAUCCUGA